CAGCGUCAACGUCUCACUCCAGAAAUGAAAGGAAAGUCUGUCAGAGCAACAACUGAGCUGCAGCGGAGACGAGUCUGUUUCUCUCUGACAGAAAAUUAAAGUGAGUCCAUCAGGUCUUUGUCAACAACACAGCAGAGUCUCUACCAAACACUGUGUGUCGACAUGUCUGCUGCCAGCAACCUGAGAUCUGAAGAUCAGUUCCUGUGCUCCAUCUGUCUGGAUGUGUUCACUGAUCCAGUCACUACACCAUGUGGACACAACUUCUGUAAGAACUGCAUCACUACACACUGGGACAUUAAUGUCCCAUGUCAGUGUCCCAUGUGUAAAGAGGUUUUCUAUGUAAGACCUCAGUUGAGGGUCAACACUUUCAUCUCUGAGAUGGUUGCUCAGUUCAAACUUGAAGCUCAACAGAAAACCAGCAGCAGCAGCUCAGAGCAACAAGUUUCCAAACCAGGAGAAGUUCCCUGUGACGUCUGCACUGGAACCAAACUGAAGGCCCUGAAGUCCUGCCUGGUGUGUCUGACCUCCUACUGUGAGACUCACCUGGAGCCUCACCUGACAGUGUCAGGCCUGAAAAGACAUCAGCUGAUCGACCCUGUGGAGAACCUGGAACACAGGAUGUGUACGAAGCACGAUAAACCUCUGGAGCUGUUCUGUCAGACCGACCAGACAUGUGUCUGCAUGCUCUGCUCUGUUUUAGACCACAAGACACAUGAGUUUGUUCCUCUGAAAGAAGAAUAUGAAGGAAAGAAGGCAGAGCUGGAGAAGACAGAGGCUGAAAUUCAGCAAAUGAUCCAGAAGAGACGACUGAAGAUUCAGGAGAUCAAACACUCAGUCAAGAUCAGUAAAGAUGAUGCAGACAGAGAGAAAGCAGAAGGUGUUCAGGUCUUCACUGCUCUGAAGGAGUCUGUUGACAGAGGCCUGAACCAGCUCAUAAAGGAGAUCGAAGACAAACAGAAAACCACAGACAAACAGGCUGAAGACUUCAUCACAGAGCUGGAACAGGAAAUCUCUGAGCUGAUGAAGAGAAGCACUGAGGUGGAGCAGCUCUCACUCUCUGAAGACCACCUCCACCUCCUCCAAAGCUUCCCAUCCCUGAAAGCUGCUCCACCCACCAAGGACUGGACAGAGGUCAGAGUCCGUCCACCAUCAUAUGAGGGGACUGUGGUGAGAGCUGUGGCUCAGCUGGAGGAGACGCUCAGUGAAGAGAUGAAGAAGCUGUUUGAGGCUGAGCUGAAGAGGGUCCAGCAGUAUGCAGAGGAUGUGACUCUGGAUCCUGAUACAGCAUAUCCUAAUCUCAUCCUGUCUAAUGAUGGAAAACAAGUACAUGAUACUGAUGUGUGGAAAUAUCUCCCAGACAAUCCAGAGAGAUUUUCUCCUUGUCCCUGUGUCUUAGGAAAGCAGAGUUUCUCUUCAGGCAGAUUUUACUUUGAUGUUCAGGUUAAAGGAAAGACUGACUGGGAUUUAGGAGUGGCCAGAGAGUCGAUCAACAGGAAGGGAGCGAUCACACUGAGCCCUGAUGAUGGUUACUGGACGAUAUGGUUGAGAAAUGGAAAUGAAUACAAAGCUCUUGAUGAGCCUACAGUCCGUCUCUCUCUGAAGUCUCAGCCUGAGAAGGUGGGGGUGUUUGUGGAUCAUGAGGAGGGUCUGGUCUCCUUUUAUGACGUAGCUGCUGCAGCUCUCAUCUACUCCUUUACUGGCUGCUCCUUCACUGAGAAACUCUACCCAUACUUCAGUCCCUAUCUUAAUGAUGGUUGUAAAAACUCCGCCCCUCUGAUCAUCUGUCCUGUUAAUCAAACUGAGUAGACUAAUAACUUCAGUUAUUUAAUGAUUUGAUGAUAUGAUUUAUCUUUAUUCAAGGGAACAAAUGUUCAUACUCAGUGUGAGGCUGUUUACAUAUUCUUACUUUCUACUGAAUCUGAUGACUGUGGUGAUUGGUUCACUCUUCAUCAUGAGUCUUUUCAUCAUAUGUAUCGUGUUUCACAGAAAACACAUUAAUUAGAUCCAUUAAUUUCAUCAACCCCAUCACAGUCACUAAUGUGUCCAUCAGACAUGUGGAGAAAAUCUAUUCAAACUUCAGUUAAACACACAGACUUUUAUUUUCAGCUCCAGUAGAAUCAGAAUCAUAGUUUCUAAAGACAGAAAAAAAAGUGUGCUGCCAUCUUGUGCUGAUGACAUCAUUUGUAGCCGAUGAUCAGGGGGUGGAGCCACAGUAUCGAGAUUUCGACCCUAUAAGUCAAUCAUGAUGUCACACCCUCUUUGUAUAGAAUCAAAUAAUUAAUUUAAAAAAAAAUGUAUCUGAGAAAUAAACAGGUCUUUACAUUAGUGUUUAGACCGAGGUAAAAAUGACAGAAACCAUCUUUGGGAAACAUUUACUUGACGUGUACUUUGAUUUUUUAAAUUGUUUUUUUUUUUUACUAACAUGGAGGGGGUGGGGUUUACGACCUAUACUGCAGCCAACCACCAGGGGGCAACAGAGAUGAUUUGGCUUCACUUGUGUGAAGGUUUGACAUCGUCCAUCUUUGGUCACAGUCACUGGUGUACAAGUAAAAGACAAAAGUAAAUAAAGUGUGAAUUUAAUUCAA